CAGAUAAUGUGGUUAACCGUAUGAAGGAUUCCAGUCAGCCUUCAAAAGUGGAGCAGCCAACCCCUCCACCUAGUACUCCACCUCCAUCUUCUGCAUUUAAUUCUCCAGAAGGCAAAGCUAAAGCCCCUGAGAAAGAAUCCAAACCACCAAGAUCGGAGAAGAGUAGGGCACAGCAGCCCUCAGGGGCAAAGGAAGAUCUACUCAGAAGGUAUGAACAGGAGCAGGCCAUAAUCCAGGAUGAAAUCUUUCAGCUGGCCAAGAGGGAAAGAGAGGCAGCCACCAAGCACCUGAAUGUGUCCCUUCAAUGUGAGGGAAGCAGCAAUGACCGGGAGAAGCAGAAGUCAGCCCAGCUGGCCAGGGAGCUGGAAAGCAUAGAGGCCGAGCUAAGACGCCGUGACACCUUCUGUAAGGAGCAACUGGGGCGCAUUGAAAGGAAGGUAAGGCUUUUGCUGGGCUGGCUUUUUUCUGGGCCAGAUCCUAAAGACAUCUGACUGGAAUUCACCACCAUUGUCGCAGGGGAAAGGAGGAGGGAGCAGCGUGCUGGUCAGGGUCCCUGGGCC